AUGUAUCAACCAGCCUACGAUGAGAUGCUUAAAACUAUUCCGAACAUUAUGUUUGUUAAAGGAGUGCCUGGUGAUCUGGAAACCCUAAUUAACCCCUCUAUUCGGAAUUUAGUCGUCAUUGAUGACUUAAUGCACGAGCUUAGCAAUGAUCAGCGAAUGACCCAUUUGUUUACCAAGGGCUGUCACCAUCGCAAUCUCAGCGUGAUCUUUAUUCUCCAAAACAUUUUUCAUCGUGGAAAACAACUGAGAGAUAUGAGUUUGAAUUGUCAUUACUUAGUGGUGUUCAAAAGCCCGCGUGAUAGUAGUCAGGUCAAUCAUUUAGCAAGACAAAUGUUUCCCAGUCAUGUCAAAUACAUGCAAGAAGCGUUUGAGGAUGCAACAAAAAGGCCCUAUGGAUAUUUAUUUUGUGAUCUUAAACCGGAAACACCUACUGACUUCCGGCUGCGUACGAAUAUUUUCCCCUGGGAGACUCAGUACGCUUACGUCAGAAAAGUAUAA